AUGAGCAAGCGCCAACAGGCACGGAAUGAAAAGGCCCUUCAAGACCUUGUGCAGAAUGUUCCGGGCAAUAAUAUAUGUGCAGACUGCCAUGCGCGUAACCCAGCAUGGGCAUCAUGGAGUCUCGGCGUUUUCCUAUGCAUGAGAUGUGCUGCAAUUCACCGAAAGCUAGGCACUCAUAUCUCCAAAGUCAAGUCUCUUAGUAUGGACAGCUGGACCAACGAGCAAGUCGAUGUGAGCAACAAGAACAACCGGGGAAUCGUUCCCGAGAGAGUACUCAGCUUACAAAAUCUACAGAACAUGAGGAAGGUUGGAAAUGUCACAUCGAAUAACAUAUACAAUCCCGAACAUAGCAAGCCACCCGUUCCUGUUGACGUUGACGAAGCCGAUUCCGCGAUGGAACGAUUUAUUCGACAGAAGUAUAUGAACAAUACAGUUAAUGGAACCGGGAAGUCCAAAUCUCCGCAUAUUGGCGAAGGAACGCCUCCGCCGUUGCCGCCCAAGAACUCUACCAAAUUCGGAUUCCGAUCCGCCUCGUCCAUCUUCCCCUUGUCCUCCAAGUCGAAGAAGGACGCCAAAACAAUAGCAGCUGCCCAAGUCAGUCGUAACGAGUCUCCAAGGCCGCCAAACAAGCCAUCCAAAGUUUUUGGCGCAACACUGGAUCUCGAUCAGCCAGAUGAAUUGGACCAAAAGAUGGCUCGGCUACAAGAUAUGGGUUUCCUGGACGCCAAGAGGAAUGCAUUGGUAUUGAAAGGCGUCAAUGGCAAUAUUGAAAGGGCGAUCGAGACUCUUGUGCGACUGGGCGAGGGAAACGGCCGUCUCUCUCCUUUGCCUACACCUUCAUCGCGGGAACAAACUCUGCGUACAUCAAGGUCUCUGACACCUCUUACACCGAGUUCUGGCGGGCUGGGACUCGGCGCAGGCCUCAGUGUUCCCUCUCGUUCAGCUACGGACCGGCCGACUACUCCGUCGAGUGCUUCCACAAACCCAUUUGAUAACCUAGGCCCAGCCCCACCGCAGACAGCUCAAUCAACAGGAACACUUCAGAACCGGAACCCAUAUGGCCAGACAAACCCAUUUGGAAUGCCGGCACCUCAGGAGCAACAGUCAACCGAUGCUUUCAGCCAGGCAUUUCAAAACAUGUCACUCUCUCCACAACAACCUCUGUUCCCUCAUCAUACCGGAGGACCGGCGCCGCAGCAGCAGCCGACAGGAUACCAACAAGUAGCUCCUUCAGCACCCACAACCCCUGGUGGUUUCUCGAGCUUGGGAUUCAGUAAUAACAUGACAUAUCCCCAGCCAAUUCAGGCACAGUCAACAGGCUACAACCCUUUCUUCGCGAACCAGAACACUACAGCUCAGCAGCAACCGCAACACUCGACCAACCCAUUCCCUCAAGUCAACACAAACCAGGCACCUGCAGGAUACAACCCGUUCACCCGAUCUCCAACUCGGAUAGCAUCCCCUAGUCUUGGUCAAAUCCCAGAGCAAACCCAGAGCUCUUUCCAGAACCCAUCUUCGUAUCAGAGCUCUGCAGUAUACCAGAGUCCGGCGCCCUUGAACCCUCCAGAAACCACGACCAACCCGUUUUUUACCAAUACUGGCCAGUCCGUAGCACAAACAGGCCAGCAAGUAUUCGGCCAGCAGCCUCCCAUGCAGCAGAUGCAGAGCCAGCCUCAAGCGAGCCAUAACCCAUUUGCUCAACAACAGGCUGGACAGCAGUUCUACGGACAGCAGCAAAUGCCAUACAUGCCACAACAGCAACAGCAGCAGCAGCAGUUUUACCAGCCUCAAAGACCAGACAAAGCCUCGAUCAUGGCUCUCUUUAACAACUAUCCCCAGACGACUGCCCAGCAGCCAACUUUGGAGUCGACACAGCCUUCGUAUCAGACAGCGCAUGCCACCCAACCACAACAGCCAACCAUACCAGAGAACCAAGCUAUGCAAACACCCAUGGCUCCUGUACAGCAUAACCAUAAUAAUGUCGCUUCUCCUAUGUCAUCUGGCACGAAUCCGUUUAUGAACAACGCAUCCGUUGUCAACACUAUUGCGAGCCCGAAUGCCACAACCGCUUCGGAUCCAUUUGCUGCACGCAGCAGGGAGAGUAUGAACCUUGGUAUGGAUCUUGCAUGGACAAAUGGCCGGCACAGCCCAGAUGCAUUUGCGAGCCUCAGCGCACGACACGGUUAA